AUGGCUGCUAAUCGUGCUAAGUCUGAGCCUGACGGCAAUGGCCCAAAUGGUAACAAAGAAACUGAGGAUAACAGCUCUCCCUUUACUCCGCUGGACACCCUCGCUGCGAUCGCUGUGGCUGCCGCCAAUCCCGCCACCGCACCCACUGCCGGGCCGCCCACUAGGGAGACCGAACAAAACACUGUUGAGACUGUGGAGAAUAUAGGCGACAACAUUGGCGGCAACACUGGCGAGCCCAUUCAACCUGCCCGUCCCCACGCCUCCGCGUCGGGCCACCGACCAGCAACCAGCGCUGCGCUUGCCUAUCUUCGACGCGAAAGCAUUCUCUCCCAUAUCGUGCAUCGCCGCUCACCCUACCUGCCAGAGACUCCGCACCAUCUUCUUGGGCAAGUUUGGAUCGACCACAUUGAUUCCAUGCUAGGCGUGCGCACCCAGACUCAAACUGAGGAGAUUCGGUAUUGCGUUGAGCAGACCGACAGGAUCGUUUAUUUGGCCAACAAUAUGUUACGGCAGCAGAGGGAACUUUUGGCGGAUUUGAGACGCACUGCCAGUGAGGAAUAUCACAGUGAUGGUCCUUCCAGCGAGCUCAGUGAGGUUAUCGGGUUCUUCGAUGAGGUUGAGGGUAACGGUAAUGGUGAGGGUGAUGAAACUGCUGCCGAUGGAUGCUGUGCAGCGAAUGAGUAG